UACAGAGGGUUCUAUGCUUUCGAAGCCAUUACAACGUGAAGCUUGGAUGAUGUGCUUGGUGGAGUAUGUGGUAUAGCUGGUGAGGUUUACUAUGGCGAGGGAAAUGCAAAAAACUGUUGUUCAUUGUAUGAAGACCAUUGUGAUUGACAGCAGCGUCUUCGAGUCAAGAAAAGUCUUCACUGAGACUGUUACUGCACAGUUUGGCAGUGCCUUUGUUGUCAAUGGGGCCAUUACCAAAGCAGACCUAUCUGAUUAUAUUUUGCAUCUUAAAGAUCAGUAUCUACGAGGUGACCAACAGCAAAGUUUUAAGAUUGCUCACUUCACAGGUCUUGUGGAAAACGACUACUGGUACCUUUCUCAAGAGUGUCAAAUAUUCAAAGGGGAGCUCCUAACAGAGAAAAAAGUCAAAUAUUUUGGACAGGACAGAAUUCCUAAAUCGAUGACCUUAAAAAAGAGAAGCCUGUGCUUAAUAACUUGGCAUCAUGCUUAGAAAUAAACAGAAGGUACGUCGAGGGAUGUCAGAAGGGCCAUGUAGACAAAGCUUUAAUUUUAUCAGGGCAAUAACAAAAUUUGUUCUUCAGGCCCUUUUUCCCCAUCAAAAACCAUGAAAAUAUUAUAAACAUAAAUGGUGCAUUGUUCAGGAACCAAGGAAACAAUUCUUUGUCUGGGUUGCAGUAAGCUUUUCAACAUUAAUUAUCUUCGUCUUUGCUUACCUGCAAAAUCUUUUGCUAUUGGUCUGUAUUAAUGUUAACAAGUUUCUAUGUAUCUAUAACUAACUGGUUCAUUUGAUGUUCAUAGCUAUAAAAAAAACCUUAGAGAGACUACUGUGUUAAAACUGCCAACGAAAUGACUAACUGAUGUUGUAAAUACCAAUUUAUUUCAUCUUGCUCUUCUCUCCAAAAGGUUUCAAGAAAGUUUGAGCUCCUUUAAAGCAAACGAGCAGUCAAUGAUGAAAAUGGUAUUCUACCAGUUCAUAUGUUUCCAUAACUUUAGCAGAAAAAUGUACAAAUAUUAAUGAUAUUAAUGAUUAUUAAUAUCAUAUUAAUCUGGAAAGCAACUUUCCUACUGUAUAUGGGUUCCUUUCAAUAACGUUAUCAUACAAGCAGGUUUAUAGAUAAUAUUAGCCAUGAAUUCACAGGCGUACUAGAGCGACAAAAAUUUGGGAAGCUGGCCUGUUGUAUUUAAAAAUUUCAACUCGAUUUUUUUUAAAUUUUUGCUAAACUGACAUCUCGUUUUGAUGAUUUUCUCCAAUCACUAAAUCGAAAUUUCUUUAUAUGCCAUUUCUACCUCCAGGUGAAAGCAAAUUUGCCAUGCUCUAUGGUAAGAAAAUGAACACGGGGAAAACGCUGUCGCAGGUUCUUCUACAUUUUGGACAAGGUGCCAAUACACGUCAACACAAAUUGAUGAUUUCUGGUGGUAACCAAACCCAAUGUGGUACUUCAGUGUAUGUAUACGAUAAAUUCAUUUCAAUGGUUUCAGGAAUCUAAGUUAUUUUUUGUUUAAAAACAUCAUAAAGGCAUUAUUCGAAUUUGGUUCUACUUAGUGGCAUAUCGUCCUUUUAAGAUUCAAUUUCACAUAAACCCAAUAGUUUCUCGCACAUGAAACCUACUUUUUAAAUCGAAUAAAGCCCUGUACUAAUCAGAAAUACUUGUCCAGAUCCGGUGGUUAUAGGAGAGUUGCUAGAAAUAUGCUUGAAAAAAGUCCCUUGUUUUUGUCGAAUCCGAUUAUUUUUCACUAUAGCAAGUUUAAAGUAGAAACUAGCUAAAUGUUUUUAUUACCAAUUAAAAUUGGUUUUCUUGCAGAAAAAUAAUGCUAAAUCUUUAGAGAAAAAAACGAAUUUAGUACAUUUUAUCAACAAUGUCAAAUCGACAGAGCCGUUUGACGAACAUCUAUUGGCCUACCACGAAAAGCUUUACCAAGGGUCGUUGUCACGGGGUCUUGAGAUACCAGAAUCUUCUGGAAUAUUGAUAUCUUCUAACGAGCCUGAAAGUGAAAGUUAAAAAAAUGUUUAAAACUAUUAAUUUGGAAGUUUUAUGUAUGACUUGAUGAAUGCAUAAAUGCGUAAACAAAUAAAUGAAUUAGCUAAAAAGUUGGAAAAACAAGCUACUCAACACACUGAGAAAUUAUUCAUUGGCAAAGGAACAAACGUAUUGAUAGACGACUGAAUGGGAUAAUCAGCGAAUGAAUUUAUUUAUGAAUAAGUGUUCUAAUAAAUGAAUGAAUUGACUGAUCAAUAAGUGCAAAUGUUUCUCAUCUAUCUACUUCCAACUUAUUUAAAUCUUAUUUUGUUAUACUAUUGCAGACUCCGCAGUAGAGUGCUACGGAUAAGGUAUAAAGGAAAUGUAUCCUUUGGUAACAAGGACAGAGAAGCCUUGGAAGCCCUUAAAGAAUUCACGCUGAAAUAUGAAGUAAAUUCAAGUUGUUUAUUUAUUAUUUUUUUUCAAGAAAAUCCAAUAAACGAAUGAAUUUUCAAUAAGCAUUAUGCACACAAAUAACUGGAUCAAAAAAAAUUUCAAGGACAAGUGACACGCUUUUGGCGCCAAAUUUUUUCUUCUUUUAACUUAAAGUAAAAUGCUGUAUGAGAGUGCUGUUGAAAUAUUUUUCCUUUCUGAUUUAAUUUUCCUACUUAAAAACCCUUUUCAAAUUAUGGCGGGAAAUGAAUCAUGUGACACUGUGACGUAGAUUGUGAUAAUUUGUUAUUGCUGCUACUGGUAUACAGUGCAAUAUUAAAGUUUACAACACGCUUCUAAACUAAUUCAGUUCGUCUGGACCUGUCGGGUCGUGUUUCGUAAACUCUCUAUUAAUGUCAGGAAAAUUCCGAGUUAGCACAAUGUACAUCAUAGGGUCACGUGAUACAAAGGUCUGGUUAUAAACAGGUUUUGUUUGUAACACACAAGGCAGCAUUUUAUUCAAAUCCAAGGGAAGUUAUUUCAUCAAAAAGUUUUUGCGAAAAAAUUCCCAAUGUUAUUGUUGAUGAAGUGCAUUGCAUCUCUCACUGGUAAAUUACAUCCUUAUCACCAAAGAAUGUUUGGAGAAGCACUGGCCAAGUUUGAUUUGUAAAACUAUGACUUUCCAAUUAUGGCCCUAGUAAACUUUAAAUUAAGAACUGUCCAUAAAAAGUAGUGAGACUAUUUGAUGAAAAUAUUUUGCAGACAUUUGUAGAUAGCUAUUAUUUAUAUUUAUAAAACUAUGUACCAAAUCAGGUGGCACAAGUCCUUUAGUAGCGUUUUUAUGUAAUAUCUUAUUCAUCCAAUGCAAAUGAACCUAAAUUUAGAAUUUUUGAUUUAUUUUAAAAGUUGAAUAAACAUAUCACUAUAUAAUAUAUAUGGUUUAUUUGUAAUUGCGUAUUCGUUUUGGGUAUUUACCUCUGCUAACAUAUAUCGUCAGUGAAAGUAAAAUCUUAUGUCAUUACAAAUAGGCUUAUUUUGUAACAAGUAAAUCAAACAUCUAUGCUAUCAGUAGUUCUAUUAACAUUAAUAACUUGAAUUUUUCUUUGCAAUCUGUUCUUUGCCAGCCAUUGUUAUUGUGCUACUUACCCAAAAUGAUAACUAGCCCCAUCAUGAAAGGAGGGAAAAUUUCACUCAUUCUCAGCCCCUCAAUGAGGUGAAUAGAAUACUCUAGAGGAACAACACAAUAGUGUGGAAGUGAUUUCCGCAGAGUCUCAUUUUGCAUGGCAACAAAGUUUUCAUGUAUACAUUUCGAAGUUCGAUUGGAAAUGGUUGUAUUGUGCAUUGUUUUGAUUGUCAGAACCCACAAAUUGACAAGAAAAAGUUGUGUCUAAACAGGGAUGGAAGCCAGGCAGAUCGCUAUAACUCUAAAACAGAAACAAGCCACGAUGGAGCUAGUCCUAGCUCCAUCUCAUUUCAUUGGUUGGUUUUAGUUACAACUCUCUUAUAGCAUUUUCGUAAAUCUUCUUUACCCAUGUUAAUAAAACAAAAUGAAAUCAUUUCUGGAAAAGAAAUUUAACUAUUGCAAUAUUUUUCUAGGAGACAAUGAAUUAAUUCGAAGGGGUUAGCAGGGCCUUCUCCACGAAUUUGAAAGUGGGGGGGCUAAGGCUAGCAAAAGUAGGGGGCCAAGGUUUUCUUCUCUUUUACUGCAGCUUUGAAACUAUUUGAUCUACAAAAAGGUGGGGGAUCAUGGCCCCUCUGCCCCCCCAGGUGGUGUCGGCCCUGGGUAGUACAUGUGGCCACAGGUGGACAUGGGGCUAUAGCCAGUCUAAACCGCAAAAUUGGAGAGAAAAUGUUGAAAUCUUGAUAUUUUCUAGAGAUUUGUUGGAAAAUUAAAUCUUUAGCUCUCAAAAAAAACAAUUCCAGCCUCUGAUGUGCCUGGCUGUGUCCUUGAAGCUACAAAUAUAGUCUAAUUAGCUCAUUUUGGAUCACUGGCACCCAGAAAUGGCUUCUUUCUCACAAAUGCACAAACCAAUUCAUCCCCUAAACCUUCCAUUAAACAAUUAUUGCAGCCAAAUCAACCUAAUUCACUUUGAAACUGAUCUUCCUUUUCACAAAUGCACAAAUCAAUCCAUCCUCCAAACAUUUAAUGAAAUGAUUAUUGCAGCCAAACCAACCUAAUUCUCUUUGAAACUGUUCUUUAUUUUACCUCAUUGUAACUGGUCAGAAUUCUCUCUCGGAAUAUCAGGAAUGGUAAGGUCAACUUUGCAGGCAAUGUUAUUAAUAAAAUGCAAAAUACAUUAAGCAACGUUAUUAAUAAAUUAAGCAUUAAAGUAAUGCAAAAUACUUCCUUCAAGUGUGUAGUUUAUUGAGGACCCUGUUAACAAUUUUAUAACAUUUAGAUAUAUAACAUUGUCUGAUCCUCUGGAGGGGGGCUACAUUCAAAAGUCCUGAAUUUCAUAACCUUACUUCUGUAUUCUCAGUUUAGAUUUUUAAGUUUAUAGCCACCCUAAUUAAGUUCUUAUAAUUUGGUACUUGCUACCUACGGCUUGCACAGCUAGAUUCCUUGGAAAGGAGAAGAGGCAAAAACUUUUGAUUGCUGCUGCGAGGCGUUGGAAACGGAGCCCAAUAAAGUAUUCUUAUAUCUGUAGCCAACAUUUUCUCCCAUCUGAUUACAAAGUUCCACCAGGAGAACCCUAGACUUGCUUGAAACAAACUGCCAUCCCAUCAGUAUUCCCUGAAUUUCCAAAAUACCCACAGCGUGCUCUACCAAAAAACAGGCAGGAAUUGAAAAGGAAAACAUCCUAAUCACCUGAAGGAAUCACAGCCAAGAAACAAAGGGUAGAAAAAUCUGCCUACGUUGCAACUGGUGCUGGAGCAAAUUCGCCAAAAAGAAGCUAAAACGUAAAAUCAAAACUCUAAACCAAAAGCUGUGAUGCAGAGAUAAAAAAUCAACUUACUUCAUGAUAUCAUUGAUACAAUGAAAAACAGAAGCAUGCUUUCAUUUUCAGCAGCUGAUAUACUAAAAGUUUUUUGGAAUUUCCAGAGAGAUAUUCAUGAAUGAAAUAAGAAAUUUAUCAGUCACCCCUCAACAAAUGUGUUAUCGCUAAGAAUUAUAAAAGUUUGCUUCAACUGUAAAUUUCUACUCCCAUAAAGCUAACAGCUUCUUAAGAAAAAUUUUCAAAAUGCCACACCCACCAUCAAUCAAACAAUGGACAGCCUCAGUCAACUGUGAGCCUGGAUUUCUUUCUGAAGUUUUCAGUGACUUAGAAAAACAAAGCAAUAGUAAACUUGAUAGGAAAGAUUGUGCCCUGUUAAUAGCACUCUUUUUCAAAUGACGUCACAUCAAAAUGACGCUUUGCAUGAUGGGAUAGGUUUGCAGACAAAAAUGUUUGAACCCCAUGUACUUGCUGUAAGAUCUGUGCGCGACCCAUGUUGUUUAUCCUUGGAUCGCGGUUACAAAAUUCCUUUUAUUCGAAAAAUCAAGCUCAUUAAAAAAGGGUAAGGAGUCGUGCAACUGCUGCCGUAGGUGAUCAGCCUUUUAAAAUGGAAGAACUUGUGCUUUCAGAGCUGGAUAUUCCAGGUGCAAAUUUCAACAGAGAUCCUGCAGAAUAUUCUGUUCUUGAACUCAAAUGCUAGUUAGAAUGCCAUGGCGAGAAGAAAUCUGGAAGAAAACAGGAUCUUAUCAACAGAGUAAGAUCACGAAUUGCAUUCAAGAAAGGUAUUGAUCUGAAGAUUGAUCAUGGAAAGUGGUACGAAAAGAAAGGGCAAGAAAGACAAACACGAUCAUCGAUGCAACCCAGAAACAUAGAUAUUCCUGUGGAGGAUUGGGGAACUUUCCAACUGCCGAUAUUCUAUGGCAAUGUAUAUCAGUAUCUUAUUGAGUCAGUUUCGCAGUUCGGCCUAAGGGAGAAUACCUCAAGUGAGACGGAAGAUGAUGACAGAAACUUUUCAGCUAUAACUGCAAGACCACUUCGUAAAGGCAUGAAUCUAAUGAAAGUGGCUUUGUGAGUGUUAUGUUGAUUAUACAGAUGACAAUUAUUAUUUCUGGAAAGCUCAUGUGCAUCAUUCAAUGAAAAACGAGUUACCACUUGCAGUUGUUAUUGUCCUAAGUCAUAACCGUGGUUCAGUUCAGCAGGCCUCAUGUACCUGUAAGGCUUCAGCAUUCAGUAGAUGCGGCUAUGUUUCUGCCCUUUUGUUGAAAAUAGUUCAAUUUAUUGAAGUUAAUGGCACCAAGGUCAAAGCUCCUUCCACUUCAAAGCCAUGCCAAUGGCAAGAAACGAGCUAAAAACCCAACUGUGGUGCAUUGUGCCACUUAUGAGUCAAAGAAGGCUUCAAAACCCAAUUUGUAUGACUGGGAUCCACGACCAAUUAGGUAUCAAAACAAUUUUGGCAAUGAACAUGCUAAUUCAUUCCUUAUAGUCUGGUCGAAUUGUGGCUUGACCUAGAAUUAAAUGCUAAAUUAAAUGCUACAUUAAAAGCAAACUUUAUAACAUUCGAAUCAAAAUUUAAUGGAGAAUAACAUGUUGAGAGCCUCAUACUGAGGUCUUUGGGCAAAAAAAGUUAUAACCGCUAGUUUGGAUGGGGGUUUGUCAACAAUUUUUCUGACUUUUGAUAUUUAGCUGCGAACCUUUCUGCUGAAAAGAAAUCAUAUACCAUAAACUGCAUAUUGUAAACGGUUCAAGCUUUGCACCAAUACUUUGAAAUAUGCCACGCUUAAUCCAACAAAGUUUACAAAUAACAUGAUGACGUCAUCAGUGAAUAUUUGGAUUACAUCGCUGUGGUAAAAAUGUUUAUUCGUGCAGUGAGAACUGGUGACUGGAACUUGCAUUUGGUGUCUUUUAAGAAAAUGCUGAACUUAUUCGCUGCUACAGCCCAUGUUAACUAUGCUAAAUGUGCAAGUGGCAUCUACAUGACAUGCUCUCAUCCUUGGGUCUAUGAUCAAUUUGCAAGAGGCAAUCUGCACACUAUCAGGCGCAGCGAGCGAUUUUUGUCAGGCUUAUGAACAGAUUUGGUCAUUGAACAGGUGAUGAUGAGAGCAUUGAAGAGCAAUGGUGGUCUGACACGAGGAAGAGGUAUUUCGGAAUCUACUCACCAGUUAUGGAUCAGAAGUAUGCAUAGGUCUGCAGACAUACACAAUGCAAUGAGUGAAUUGACUAGCGCAUAUAGGAAAACAAGUGAACAGCAUGUUCAGUUAGGCCCAAGCAGAGUGUCUCGAGACAAUAAAGAUCUUACGUUAAUCAAAUAAUGGUUUGAUCUCCAAAACCCUUUUGGUGAAGACGGGCAACAUCUCAAAAGUCUUUCAACUGGCUUGAUUGCUGAUGAUCGAGUAAACUGUGAUGAAGCAGAGAAUGUUGAACGAAAUAUUCAAAACCGACAUGAUAACAGGAGCAUGGAAGAUGCGAGCAUCAAGAGAAAAGAAAGAGUUCAAACAUUUUAAGAUCUCUUGCCUAAGACGAAAAUUGGGAACAAUACAGUGACCAUCAAUCCAACUAAACUAUUUAGCCGUUUGACUGACUUGGCUAACUUCCAAAUGACCCUUACUGAAAACUUCUGCUAUGAACUAACUCUAGAGCCGAUGUCUCUCUUUAAACAAGGUAUGAUGAGAAAAUCGGCUAAAGCUGUUCUUAGAAAUCACCUACUGGCUACAGAGAAUGCAAUUAUCCCGACUACUAAUGACGUUUGCGUCUUUGAUGGUGAUGCAUUGCUCCACAAAGUCCACUGGCCAAAUCAACGUAUUCUGAAGUUCUUGAACAGUACAUUGCAUUUGUAAUGCACAGAUUUGGGAAGUACACUUGCGUAAACGUUGUUUUUGAUGGAUAGUCAGACAGAAUGUCAACAAAAGUGGCGGACAUCAGGAGCAUCUUUGUUGAAUGAGCAAAACGUCAGCUAGCAUUGAAAUCACUGAAAGCUCAAAAGUUACUUGUAGCAGGGAAGCAUUUCUGGCGAACAUAGAUAACAAGAAGAGGCUGAUUAAGUUGCUUUGUACUCGGUUAGAGAGUUUAAUGUCUAAUUUUAGAUGUUUUGGUCGAAAAGUCUAACAUUGGAUUUCUUACCAGUGUAUAUCGCAAGCCUACCUUUACUGGUCAGUACAUAUGCUGAAAUUUGUUUUGCCCAAAACAACGCAAAGUCAACCUUGUCAAAACAUUAGUACAUUGGCCACUUAUUAUCUGCUCGAAAUCUACACUGCACGCUGAACUGGAAAAACUCAAAACGAUCUUCCUGGAAAACAGCUAUCCAGAAGAUGUCAUUUUAUCUUAUACUUAGGAGAAGAUCGCAAGUUUUUCAGCUGUUCAAAAGUUUGGUCUGCAAAAGUGCCCAGUUUAUUUGAAACUACCAUGGAUUGGUAACAAUUCCUUGCGAUUCGAGAGUCAGAUUAGGCAAGCCAUAACCAAAUGUUUCUUUGCUGUCAAUCCUUGGAUUGUUUAUAGCACUAGGAGAGCCCUUCAAUCCAUUAAAAAGGAUUGCGUUCCUACCAACCAAAAAAGUUCUGCCAUUUAUGAAUUACGUUUCAGUGUAAUUCUAGCUACGUAGGACGCACAACCCAAAGAUUGGGGGAUAGGAUAAAACAGCAUGUUCCUUCUAACAUCAGAAACAAAACUGCCAGUCAAAGAGAACAUCCUCCUCGAUCUUGUGGGUCUAGAAACACUGUUAAAACAAGUGAUUCUGCCAUCGGUCAACAUCUUUUAGACAACCCAGAAUAUACAAAACUCUAUAAUGACGACAUCUUUCGGAUAAUUGGCAGAGCCUGGUCGUCCUUCCAUCAAGCAGUUUUAGAGUCGAUCUACAUAAAAACAAAAAAGCUGCCAUUGUGUAGACAGAGGGAGUUCGUUUUCUCUCUUGGACUCCAGUGGUAAUUUUUCUUUAGGCUCGCGGCACUGAUUGGUCAACUAUACUGGUCUUGUGCUUGCGUUUUUCUGAUUGGCCUAUUUCAAUCCACAACUGGGUAUAUAUUUUCCAUUGCGUUUUUUCGUAACCUUAUUCUGACGCUUUAUGCUCUGAGGAGUGUCCGACGAAAAAGCUUUCAGUAGGUCGUAAAAUGUUUGAUUUUUUCAAAGCCAUUUUUGAAUUCUGAUAUCACUGUUUACGCCCUUAAGAAUGGUGGCAGCGCCGAUUUUUCAUACGAUCCAUUUUCAAAAAUUUGUCUUUAAUUUCUUAAAGGACAAGUGAGACGCUUUUGGCGCCAAAUUAUUUUUUUUCUUUUAACUCAAAGUAAAAUGCUGUAUGAGAGUGCUGUCGAAAUAUUUUUCUUUUCUGAUUUCAUUUUCCUACUUAAAAACCCUUUUCAAAUUAUGGCAGGAAAUGAAUCACGUGAUACUGUGACGUAGAUUGUGAUAACAGACAUAGAUUGUAGAACAAAAUUUCACAGUACUGAGUCUUCAGUACAAUUGACCUUCAAAGUGCCUACCACCAGAUACCUUUGAAAGAAGAAGACAAACUUUACACUGCCUUUCAAGCCAAGGGUGGGCUUUAUCAAUUUACUCGCCUCCCUUUCAGCGUAGCUAACGGCAUGGCAUGCUUCCAAAGAGAAAUGAUGAGAUUUGUUUAAAAUAAUAAUUCAGAAGCAGUGUUUCCUUAUCUUGACAAUAUAACUAUCUGCGGAAAAGAUCAAGCUGAUCAUGAUGAAAACCUUGAUCUGUUCCUGGAAGCUGCGCGGAAGACUAAUCUAAAAUUCAAUGAAAGCAAGAGUGUCUUCUCAACUCGGCGUCUUCCAUUACUGGGAUAUGUCAUCGAGGAAAGUACAAUUUGUCCAGAUCCAGACUGGCUAAAGCCUCUGCUAGAGCUACCUCUCCCACAAAACUCAAGAUCUCUGAAUAGGUGUCUGGGACUUUUCUCUUAUUAUUCUCAAUGGGUUCCAAAUUUCUCUGAUAGAAUGAAGCCCGUAACCAGUCACAAGGGUUUUCCCUUGUCUCAGGAGGCAGAGAAGGCAUUUGAAGAAUUAAAAACCAUCAUUGCUAAAGCUGUGGUAUCUGCUAUAGAUGAAACCAUUCCUUUUGAAGUGGAGACUGAUGCCUCUGAUGUCGCUUUAGCAGCUACUCUAAACCAGAACGGUAGACCAGUAGCAUUUUUCUCUCGCACCCUACAAGGCAGUGAACUAAAACACUGAGCAGUGGAUAAAGAAGCUCGAGCAAUUUUCGAGUCCAUAAGACACAAGAAACAUUUUCUCACAGGUUCUCAUUUCACAUUUAAAUAUGACCAUAAAUCAGUUUCCUACAUGUUCAACCAGCAUCAUAAAGGUAAAAUCAAGAAUGACAAAAUAAUGCGCUGGAGAAUCGAGCUCAGUUGUUACAGCUUUGACAUUGUAUAUAGGCCUGGUAAACAGAAUAUUCCUCCAGACACAUUUUCCCGAGCUAACUGUGCCACAAGUACAAGUGAUUCUCUCUAUAAGCUACAUGACUCUUUGUCUCACCCCGAUGUGACAAGAUUCUGGCAUUUCAUCCGUACUAAGAACUUGCCAUUUUCUCUAGAUGAAACCCCAUCAGAAUCGCCAGAAUCACUAGUCAGUGAGCCAGAAUCACCCAGUCUUGCAUCAGCUGACCCAACCCAAGAACAUGCAGGGACGCCUGCACAAGAUUAGGGCAGGAGGGGCAGUGUUGGUGCCGAAGGCAAAUCAUUGAAUUUUUCUAUUAACAUAAUCGAGCAUUCCUAGGUGGGAGGGGGGCGAGGGUGGGGUAAUAUAAUAAAAUAUUAACUUGAAUAUGUGCCACCCAGACAGCUGGGUUUUUUACCAACAAAGAUUCUAAACAUAAAGAAAAUGUUGACGAAAUUAUCCAUAAAUGAAAAUGGUUAUUAAAUUGCUUUGUCACUCACUAUUUACAAUAUUUGGUUUUAUAAAAAUCAUGGCUGUUGUAAAUGGGCUGGUUGUAAAAUUUUGAUUGCCCGCUCAGUUUUUAUACCGAUUUAUCCUCCUUAGGUUCCUGGAGUACUUCUGAGGGAACACAUCUUUUGUUUGUCAUUUACUAUCUUUGCCGCUCUCCCUAUGUGACCUACCUUGUCACAGACAAACUUUUCAUUCUCUGCAUUUUUGUGCUGGUGUUGUCAUCUUUCUAGUAUUUUCUAAUAUAUAUUAACAUAACGAGAGUAGUCAAAGUAGUCAUCAUAUUUCAGGGCACUUCUUGCCCCCUCUGCCCCUCUUCGAAGAGGGCAGGAGGGGCAGCUGCCCCUCCAGCCCCCCUUGUGUAGGCGCCCCUGAGAACAUGUAACCAAAGUUGUUGAACCUGCGUCAUCUUCAAAUGCUAAAGAGCAGUCUCCUGUACCACUUAGAAGGUCACAACGUGAACAGCGUCCUGUGGAUAGGCUUGGUCUAUAGACAGGGGUGAAUGUUAUGAAAGACAAUUACCUUAACCUUUCUUUAUCCUACAACAAUAGAAUGCGUGCUAUUGAGUUUGCUAUUGAGUUCGUUCCUUUUGUGUAUGUUACCUUGUUUACGUUGAUUUGAGUUAAGACUAAUUUUGUUGAAUAAAACCACAAAUGUGCUUAUCUUAGAUUUUGGUUUUCCUCAGUUUACUUCUCUCUCAUUAGACUUAUCAAUGCUAUUUCAAAAAUAUUUUGGUAAAGAUUUCCUCAUCAGCUGCAACUAGUUUGUAUUGCCUUCCAGUUGCUGUUGUUGGGGCAUAAAUUAUGGAAAGUAUGUCUUCCUCUGGUACCCAACAUACAACAGCCCUCAUUGGCCAGAAAUACGACCUUGCAUUUCGGAUGUCUUUUUCAACUGAAUCAAUUUCCUCUAACAGCCUGAUCCAGUAUUUCUUCAGAUUCCAGCUCGAUCAUACUGACAGAUUGUAAGAGAAUUUAGUGAGAAGCUAAUACGAAUUCGCUAUACUUUCAAUGCAAAAUCAAACUUUAGGGCAUAUUCUUCAUCAAUUGAGGUUCUUUUUGCACCAAUGCACGAACUGGACAAAGGAACAAGGUGAUGAUAGCUCCUAGUACCAGGGACUGACUUUGCAUUAAAAAAUCUUGUCUUGAGGUUUGCCCUUGUUACUUCCAUUUUUUCCUUGGGUAUGAAUUUGAAGUUGUUUCCUUUGAUUUCCUCUUUGCAGAACUCAAACUUUUCAACUGCACUUAGAAUUUGGUUAUCAAAUGGUCCUCGUGAUGUUAUUUCUGUUAACUGUGCCCCCAGCAUCAUCACAUGUUCACUUGCCAUGACUUGUAGCGAAAAAUGACCAUGUGCCAUUAGUGCCAAAAUCAGCAUAAUGGAAGAAUAGGUUGAGAAAAUUCUUACAGUUUUUGAAUUGGCCAGCACAUCCAUCAAAGAGGUAGUUGACAGAUUUCACUCAAGAAUUGAUACUUUCAUUUAUGUGCUUUGAAGUUUCUUUUAAAAUUUGGUUCACCAUGUCUACAUCCUGAUAUAGAUCAUCUGACAUGAAGCAAAUGGAGUGAUCCUCCGUCUGACCAUUCUUCUAUGUGAACACAACAGCUGGAUGUAAGGUACCUUGUGAUUUGUUCCAGUGAUAUCCCUGUUUUUCAUCCUGUACAAGAAACUUUAUGUUUAAUGUUUAUGAAUUGUAUAAGGAUUCUACUAAACCAUAUUGUUUUAUUUAGUCUGAAAUAUCUUUGCUUAUGGUGUUAAAGGAAAAAAGAUGGCACAUCCGAACGUUCACAUCCAAAUUUGAGGCGUUCGAAAGUUUCGUUUUUCAUCCCAAUUCGCAUUGCAAACAGAAAGGUCCCGGGUAUCCCUAGCCAAUCAGAACACUGCAUUUCUAGACGACCACCACUUCUGUGCACACAGAUUCAAAGAUGGCGUCUUCAAAAACUGAUUGGAAUAGCGAUUUAGUUAAUGCGUUAAUUGAGCAAGUGCACAGAAAUGAAAUCGUUUGCAACACGGGAAGUCCAAUGUACAAAAACAAGAACGCACAAGAGGCUGCUUGGCUGAAAAUAUCCAGCAAUAUUGGACUCGAAGGGAGCAAAGUGGCGCGAUUUGAGGAACACAUAUCGAAAAAAACUAAAAGCAACAGCACCUAAAUCUGGUGAUACUGGUGGAUCAAAGAAAAUUAGGUGGCCAUGGGUGAGAGCCAUGGAAUUUAGCAAGGUAUUUUUUAAUAUUGAAGUGCCAACUGUCUCAAAUUUUUUGAGAAUUGGCCUAGACCAUGACACUGACGAAGCGGAUGGUGAAGAGGAAACACUAGAAAACGUUAUAAAUUUUACAGUUGAUCCCUCUCAACUUGAUUUGGUGAAUGCAUCGUAUGUCGAUAUGAGCAUUGGGUCGAAUGACUCUCUAUUCGAUCAUAAAGAGGAGAGCACCAAUUUGGCAAGCAGCAGCAAGAAAAACGGAGCGAAAAGAGCAGGGGGGAAAGCAGCUUUUCAGUGACAGACUUUUAGCCAAUAAAGCCAAAUGUUUCUGGCAAACGGAAAAGAAAGAAACUGCUGCUUCAACAAAUGCAAUAGAACUUGCGAUUUUAGCAGAGCUCAGAAGCUCUCGAGCCAAUGAAAAAGAAGAUGAGGACAGCUUUUUCAUGCACAGUCUUGUGCCUCAACUGAAAAGGUUGGACCCCAAAAUCAAAAGCCCGGGCAAAAUGCAAAAUUCAACAGUUGCUUUUCGAGUAUGAAUUCAGAGAGUAGCACAAUAGCACUAAUACUUUAAAGCCUAUAUUCUGUAUUGAAAGUACACUAUAAGUAAUUUUUGUAGCUGUAAAAAUUGUAUCUUUCUUUAAAGUUACCUUGGCUAAUCUUUACAUAUUUUAUAAAAUGUUAGUGUUGCAAAAGAUACCAUAACCAUUGAAAGAGAUGCAGUUAAUUUAUUAAUUAUUUCUAUAAAGAGUCCACUAGUCAAAGUUGUUACCAAAGGUGGAUACAGGGUAAGUUGCACCCUCCUCCUCAAACAUUUUUUCAGUUGGCACAUUAACGAUUUUUGCCAGGCAAAGGAGAGUUUGUUUCUCAACAUGUUGUAUAAACUUUUUGCAACAAUAAAUUUAUCAACAUUUCUGUGGCAGUUUCUGUAGCAGAAGCACUUUCGAAGUAGUAUAAAAUUUAAAAUAUUUACACAUGAAAUCAUCAUAUAAGGUUAUAUACUUAUGAGCAGACCCUAAAAGAUUGAGAGACCUCCUUUUUUGUUGGCAAAAAUAUUUUCUGUAUCCCUCUGAAAAUUGUUGGCUUUGCCCCUGGUGUUUAUUUUAAUAAGAGCCUUUGAGCACUGUUGUAAGAUAUUUCUGAUCAACUUAAAAACAAACUUAAUAUCCUUGUUUCAAGUUGCCUUUAUUUUGGGUCUAGGUUUGAAUUUGAUUACACUAAUGGUAUUUUCCCAAGUAGAGCCCACCUGCGAGUCAAAAAAACUUGAGCCUUUAAACAACCUCACUUCCUCUGUGUCAAAAUGGCAAGAGGGAACAAUAAGGGACAACCUUUAAGAAUUUUUUGUGAUAGGUCAAAGCUAAAUAAAUGAGAUUUUAUUCAUGAAAGAAAAGAAUCAAAACAAUACAAUGAAUUGAAAGUGCAACAGAUUUUAUCAAUAUUGAUGAAAAUAUAUCAAACACGGAUGGAAUACAGUUCCUCGUGGCACACACAUUCCUCAAAAUCAAGCAAAGAAUUCUUUAAAAAACCAGAAUUGUGGAUUAUAAUUAGCAUAGGUUUUGUCAUGCACCAAAGAUACCUCCCCCCUACAUUUUUUUUUCAAAAAGCCAAAUUUUUUGUCAUAAAGAAAUAAUUUUGUAUUGUUACUAAUAUUUAAAAUGAAAUUAAUGAAAAUUUUCUUGUUUUCAAUGUUUAUUGGAAGGGAUGGGGUAACUUGCUAAUUUUUAUCACAUGAAUUUCAGUUAAUUAUUUAGGGUAAAAUUUUGAGUUAAAUUUUUCAGGGUUCUGUUAAAACAUAAGCAUUUACAUACUGGCUGGCUGGCAGUACAAAUUGAAACAUACUGGCUGGCGAAUAAUCAGUUUUGUCAAUGCCAUUUAUUAACAAACUUUGCCAUGGUACAGCAUCUUCUUGAGAAUUAAAAAAAUCCUUCAGCGUGUCUCUUAUUUCAUUUGCUGCUUUCUUGCAUGGGUUUCUAUUCCUCCCAGUUCCUGCUGAAUAGUACCCAGUGUCAUUUCCAGCUUCUCUUCUUCAUCCACCUGGUUUGCUUCCCUGUCUUCAGAAUCAGUGAAACCUGGGGGGCAAAUCUUCAUUCAUUCCUUGGGGAAGUUGUAUCAUUCAACAUCAGGAAGUUGUGGAGUGCAACCACUGCCUAUCAGCAAGCUAAGGUAUUAUUCAAUGUCAGCAAUCCUUUAACAACAAUACUGUUUGGCAAAUCUUUACUUACAACAAAUGACAAUUACAUGUAAAAUAUACAUUUUACAACAAAUGAUAGAAGUAUCAUUAUACAUACAUACUGUACAUGAAAUGUGUAAAAGUUAUCUCCUUCAACACACACUCAAUGCAACACUACUUUAGGUAUUUUUGAAAGAAGUGUAAAAAUUAAAAGCAGGGCUGCCUCUUCUUAUGAACUUAUUUCAGCAGUUUCAAUAAAUAUUAAAAGUAUAGUCAACGUGAAACUUUGAAUGGUUUCAUCUUUAUAGGAAGUUUGUAAUAACCUUGAUAAAGGCCAAAUCACAGAACUUUUGGCAGGUAUGGCAAAAUAUGCUCCCACACUUUGGAGGAUCUUUGUUACGAAGGCCCUUACCGCCAGCGGAGAAGAAAAACCUGAAGAAAGGGAAGGAAGUAUAGAUUCACCUGUGUGGUGUGAAUGUGGCAAGUGUCGUGAGAUGAAAAAGAAGAAGAGUGCGUCUGUUGCAAGAAUGGUAUAAAGAACCACGAGCAUCCAUUGCUGGAAAACAAUGUUUUAACUGAACACAACUUAGAACUGGCUAUGCAAAGCAAUGCUGACUUUCUUAAUUAUCCUAUUGACCCAUCAAAUAAUGGAUGUUGGCGAUACAUAGCAUUUCAGCAGUACAUUUUAUGGUUUUGAGGAAAACUUGGCAGAAGAAAUCGGAAAGUUAUACAUUCAUGCAUUGUCUGGAAAAUCAGAGAUAGAUUCCCUGAUCCUAAUGGGAACUACACAGUCUUCAUAGAUGUUAGUCAUUAUGCAUAGCCAUUUGCUAGAAUCAUGGGUAAAUGUAAAUUAAACAACUUUUUUUGGCAUUGUGAUGUAAAUCUGCAUAGGUCUUAUUGCAGAUGCAACGCUUCUGCUCAUUAUCUUUAGCUUCUUUAUGCCGAUUAACAAUAGUGUGAGGUUUUAACGUUGGUAAUGCUCCACGAACUGUUCUAAUAUACAACAGUUCAGACAGUGCUACUUUGGUUGUACUAUGUGGUGCUGUUCUGUAUUGCAACAGGAACCUGGACAGCUCUUGUAGCCAUAUCUUUACUUUUGUCGUAUGGCUUUAGCUAAGGGUUGCAUGAAGCUUUCGACUUUCAUGUUACCUUGUGGCCAUUUUGGAGAAGACGGGGUAAACUUUACACCCCAAAACUUUAAAGUUUUCAUGCAAUGUGAGACUGGAUUUUUUAUAGUCACUAAAAAUAAAAAAUGUUUAUAAAUAGAAUAAGAUUCCAGGAAAUGGCAUCGAAAUAUCUUCUUCGGUUGUGAAAAUAUUGCCAUCCAAAGUUUAGGAUUCAUAGGAAUCAAAGGUGAAAUGGUUAAUUAUUUGAUUCUUCAAUUAUGACGUAGAAAGUAGCAGUCAUAGAGAUGGGAGUAACCAUUCAAUUCGCUGAAUUAGUAAUGGUGACGGACACGCAUGCGAGAGCUUCGACUGUACCUUUGGAGGAAAACGUUGUGUUGCUGGUGGCCCGAAGAAUGGGCUGAUUUGUGGAAAUAGUCAGCAUACAAGGGGAAUAUCUAUCCAUCAUUUCUCACAUAAAGUUAAAGAUCGUGAGCGACAUUUGCUAUGGGUACACUUAGUUCACCGGCCUAACUCGAAUCUGUCAGACCAAUCUGUUUUGUGUCAACGGCAUCCUCAAGAAAAACAUCAAGAGAUCAUCGUCAGGUGAGGACAGUUUUGGCGUUUACCUUGCAGUGUAUUAAGACUUGCCUUUAUUUACCUAUUUAAAAAAACUUGUAACUGCUUACUUUUACAAGUUGUACAUAUUAUUUUUUUAAAGUCAAAUUUCGCUGUAUUUAUUUACACUUAUCAGGGGUAGUCCCUCUAUCCGUAUCUCAGUCAACAACCAGACAAAAAGUUGUAUCUUGGUCUUUGGUGUAUAUAGUAUUAUAACAUAAUUUGAAAUCUAUUUGAUAUUAUAGAAAUCAGGAAGCUUCACCAGAAUGCUGCAAACAGAAAAGGAUAUGAGGCACUGGUAGAAUGGAUCAACCCAUGCUUGAAGGAGUUUCUCUGGUCAGCCACAUCCACAACUGUGGCAACGGGAAAGUGAUUCUGGCAAAGUUUCAUUCCUUUUUGCAGCAUGUCGUGAAUGAGCAUGAAAAUGAGGAUAAUCAAGUAUUUAAUAAAUGUGCACGUGAUAAGAUUAUCACACAAAGAACAUGGCUUGACAAAGGUAAGAGCAAGCUUUCAGACAACAAAUCAGCUUGCUUUGAAACAGGUAAUUAGUGUGGUGAAUUAGUGAAUUACUCUGAGGUGUGAAACUAUGAAAAUGAAUUGAAAUGGUGUAUCAGACUUACACCUGAUUUGCAAAGUUUUCCUAGUUACACCUAAUUUGUAUAUGUUUGACUGCAAAUCUUCUCGAUAUAUGCCCCCCCCCCCAAAUGUCUUUAGGAUUUGGUGAAAAUGAAUAUGAAAAGUACUUAGUAUUGGCUUUCUUUCAAAAAAUUGAUCAGAGCAUUAACAUGAUAUGCAAUAAAAGUUAGUUUUUUUAAAUUGCAGGUUCACCAGAGAACGACAAACUCAAAGAGCUUUUAAUGAAUCAAAGUCUUGUUAAUGGCAUCCAACAGGCUUCGCCCCUUUCCCUAACCAGCUGCUCUGUGCUAAACCACUUUGCCCCAAAAAUGCUUGCCUUUAGCCAUUCUGGCACUAUUUGCAAGUUUGCUAAGACAAUAUAAGUUAAUAGCUAACUCAGUACUUUUACAACUGACUUUUCUGAAAGCUGAACCUUCAAUGUUCUACAAAACUUUAAACUUGAAAGCAUAACAUCUUGGUGCCAAAUGAAAAUGAAAUUUUUAAAUACUUUUUUUAACAACAACACUUUUUAUUCUAGACAUUUACUGCCUUUAGUGCAUUUCAACGGAAAUCUUCAAAGAGAAUUUAAAUAUAAGCAGGACGGUUCUAUGCAACACAUAGUAUGUUCAUUAAUACUUUCUAGGUUUGUUAUUUACAAGAGCUCCUUUAACAACAAGAAAAUUCUAAUAUACUGUGUACUAGUUUUUUGGUGCUAUGACUUUGAAUCUUAUAUAGUUAGCUAGGAUAGUAUCUUGAAACAAAUUAUUGUGAGAUCCUGCUAAACCUCUUCUAUUGAAAUUUUCAAGAUUAUGUCGAGGAAAUCUUCAAAGUAAUGAUGGAUGGAAUUGGAAACAAUUCUUUAACAGUAGCAUCAGCAGAAUUAAGUGACUUUGCACCACCACCUAUGAACACCAUGCUCGAGAAACAUUUAGCCCAUAAAGAGAUGGUUACAAAUGAAGCUCCACCAACAAAUAAACCAGGUAAUAUCAUGAUCUUUUGCAAACUAACACCCUAGUUUCCAUUUGCAGGUCUUAAUGUGUGAUUUGAAAGCACUUGUGUGUCAGAUAUAUUGAAAAUCUAUCCGCGUACAACAAUAACAACUAACAAAUAUCCUUCUAGGCAAACAACUAACAAAUAUCUACCGAAUGUGUAAGCCUAUACAUGAAUUAACUUUCAUUAGCAUCAACACAGUUUUCUAUGAAUUGAUGUGCAAUUUGAGAGACUCCAUCCCAAAGAAUUAUGAAAUUCCAAUGUUUUGAUCAUCAAAGCUUUAGCAGUACCAUUCUAACAUUGGUGCUUAUACUUUCAGCAGAAAUCUUGGAGCCAUUGACAACAAAUACCAGGAAAAAGCCAAAACAACAACCGAGAUUCCCAGUGUGUAACAACUUGAAAAAAGGGCACAAAUUCACUCUGGACUGUCCAAGGAACAACCAAAUUGACAAAAAAAAACAAAUGCAUAUUCUCUUAGGUGGCUAAUAAAUGCCCCUACCCCCUUAUUAAUCGAGGUUGAUUUUGGCUUGAAAAAGUAAUGCACACGUCUUAGUAAAGAUUCCAAACUUCAAAUUUAUCCUUUACCAUUCUAGUCUAUUAGGCACUUAAAAGUAUAUAAUUUUCUUUAUUAAUCGUUUUCAAAAUUUGAUUCAACCUCUUCGUAUCCAACCAAGCUAUCUUCAAUAAACGUAGCAUGUAGCGUAAUGUGCACAUACAGGGAGUGGUAGCCUCUUUGUGCCCAGCUUUCCAUGCACAAAUCAUACAAAAAACUUGCCUUAUCAACCCAUUUUCGUUUUCUAAUACUUUCGGAAUGCGCACAUUUAUUGAAAAAAUUGUUCGGAAAAUUUUCAUGCUCGUUAGCAAUGUGAUGUAAAAACGACUGGAAUUUUGCAAGAAUCAAUUGCCCAUCACCAUUGGGUGUGGACGUUGCACUCCAAUGGAGAUGCUUUGUACCCUUUCCUCUUUGAAAAUUUUAGCAGCUCUUUUCUAAGUUCUAAAAAAAUAAUAUAAUCAAUGAUAGCCACAAAAUUGACUCAGAGUGGAUGGAAAUUUUCGAAUGAAGUUUACUGAACCAGAUUUGAGUGAUGUAUAUCAAAUCUAAGCAAUUUUAUAAUCAAAUGCAUUUGUUUAUAUUUAUAUUCACUGUGUUCCACUUCAAAAAACCUUUCACACUUGCUUUCCGAAUCCAUUAAAAAUUCAAUUUUAUGAUUUUGUUGAAUCUCUCUUGGGAUAAAUUUGUGCCUUUCAAAUAUAAACUGCAUAAGAAGUAGUCAACUAACUUUUUUUAAGGUGCCAUAAAUCAAAAUAGUGCUUGAAAUCUUUUUGGUCUACUCUCAUAGCUUUCCUUAUUGUCAUAUGUCGAUCUGACACAAAUGUUGAUAUUUUCAACCCAGCACUCUCCAUGUUGUUGAAGCAUUGCUUGAAACCUUCAAACUCCAUUGCUGAACUAUUACCAACUUCAUUACGCUAAAAUAAAAAUUCAAGAAACAUAAAGAAUUGUAUAAAUAGACAUGCUCUAACAUUAGAUAAAUUGAAAAAUAAUUGCUCAUAAUGCUGAUAUCAAUUGUGAUUGCAAAAAGAACUCACAUCUCAAGAGAUCUUCUAGGCUAUUAAGAUACCUUUGUUAUUAUAUAAAUGUGCAACCUUUUUUGUGUAGUUGAAUUUGAACAUGUGAAUAAGAUUAAAACAAAAGUCUCAAAUCGUUUUUUCCUAUAGAACACAAAUUUUAAGCUUAAUAUAAAUAAUAUAACAUUAUUCAAGUUAAAUAGAAAAUUAUAUGGUUUUCAGUUUUAUACUACACACAAAAAUAACUAUAUUUCAUCAUCAUAUAUAUAAUAAUGCAACUAAAAUUUAAAUGAAGAAUAAAAAGCUUUUGACCCUCUGAUGCUUGAACUAUAUCAUUCAGUGAGUUUCAGGAAAGCUGUUUAUGAAAAGAAACCUAUAAGCAUACUUACUUGAACAAUAGAAAAGUCAAUUAUUUUGUUGUUGUUGCAGCAAUAUAUGGUGUAUGCGCCAUAUUUUGCAGAGUGGCUCAUGCUAUCAUGCUGUCCAUCUACGCAAAUAUUCCCCUUUUUCCUUCAAAUCGUUGAUAGUUUUUUCUUGAUAUUGCUUCCAGAACAGAUAAACAGAUUGUAUAAUUUUUUCCUAUAGAACACAAAUUUUAAGCUUAAUAUAAAUAAUAUAACAUAAUUCAAGUUAAAUAGAAAAUAUAUGGUUUUCAGUUUUUUACUACACACAAGAAUAACUAUAUUUCAUCAUCAUAUAUAUAUUAAUGCAAUUAAAAUUUAAAUGAAGAAUAAAAAGCUUUUGACCCUCUGAUGCUUGAAGAUGGUAGCCAAAGACAAACCCCAUAUGGUUAAAAACUCUAAAUAUUUUACUGGCUGAUGCACCAGCCACAAGAGUAGCAAAGGACCGAAGCAGGUUUCCAGCUGGGAUCUUGGUUCCUUUCAUAUCUUGCUGACUUCUCCACACAUUUUCGUUUGAUGGGCACUGAAUACUGGAACAUGUGGUUUUCACCUCCACAAUGGUUCCAAUCUGACGUGUGGUGAUGAGAGGAUUUGCUGUUUUGCAGACAAGACAUAACUGAAACAACAGCAAUAGCUGUUACAUAAGAACAAUAAACUUUGAUUCAUUCCUGAGGUUGUCAUCCUUUGAAUGUCUGAAAUAGAAUAUACGAAAUGAAUUUAUGAAAAUGCCUUAAAUUUAAAGCCAAUUAAGGCAACAUGACAACUAAAUGUGAUAUUUUCAAUUUUAUCAUUUGACAAGUUGGAAUCAAAUCAAAUCUCUUCAUCAGACUCAUCAGUGUCUUCUUCAAUAUCAUAAUCUACAUCUUCCAUAUCUUCUAGAUGGACAUUUUCUUCAUCACUGAAAAUUUCUUCAUCUGUGUCCGAAGCAUAAACUGGAUGGUGAAGAGGUUUUGGUGGCCUUGUCUCACUUCUUAAGGUUUUCACUUUCACUGGAUGUACUAUAAUAUUGACAAUAUUUUUAGGGUCCACACAUUAAUUAAAUCAUCAUACUUUACAUAAUUCAUGGUUUCUCUGCCACAGGGGGGAAUCACCAUCAAUAUUUUGUGAGACGUUUUUUGUUCAGGCGCAAAUACGUUCCGAAUGGUCUGAAAAUUUUUUAGAACUUUUGAAAAUUACCUUACCACAGCUAAUAUGAUAAAUCAUGCAAAUUGUUACUCCCGUUAAGAAGCGAAUUUAGGUCUCUAUAAGUGUUACAUUUCUGAAAACGUUAACACUGUUUACCUGGCGAUGUGCCUUAGACCUCUUUGGCUUAGGCCGUGUAGAUUCUCCAGUCACAACCAGUGCAGAAGAGUCUAUAGGGUACACUGUCGGAAAGUCAAGGGUGCCAAAAUCAUCGCGCUUCAACACUGCCUGUAGCCUUUCUGUUGGUCCAAGCAGUGCCAUGCAUUUUCGUAGGAAAUUCUCUUCUCCAAAAUGAUCUUUCAGUUGCAUUGACUCCGUCUCACCCAUUUGCUUUUAUUUCCCUACUGAUGUUGUCUUCCAUGCUGUUCUAGAAAAAAUAGUGGCAGGAUUUGAUAUAACGACGCAACCAGAUAAACUUCUUAUCUUACAGCGUACAGCUCCAACCUUUUUAACCUGCUGACUGCGUUGCCUGUUGGAAAUAUCCCAGAAGCUAUGGCAGAUAAGUUGAAGCUUACAUUUGCAAAAGAAAGGCACUAUAUUGACCUGGUUGAAACCAAGGAUGCAUCAGCCCAUCGAGAUUUUAUUUCUGCCAAAUUGGCCUCAGCGGAACCAGUGAGGAUUAUAUAAGGAGGACCUUUUGAAAAGUGGUCAGAAUAGACUAAUGCAUGACUGCACAAAAGACUAUCGUGGUCAUACUUGGCUAAUGCCAGGAAUCUUUAUUGUAAACAUGGUAUGUAAACUUUGAUUUUACAACUCAGGAGCAAAGAUAUACCAUCAAAUUUCUCCAGAAAUUAAAAAAAUUGUAAUUCUUUUUUAAUAGAGGAAGAGCCUCUAACUUAUUUUAACUAAGUUUCAAUUUCAAUAAGAAAUAGUGUCUAUUCUUGGAAAUAUUUUAACUUAUUUAGUUAUUCAACUUUUUGACUUCUUUCAAUGCAAAUUGCAAAUAGGGAAUUUUAUUUUGAAAUUUUAUUUGUUCUACUUUUACAAGGCACACAUUCAUUCACGAAAGUGUUUUUAUUCCAGUUUAAAUAUUCGAAUUAUUAUUAUUAUUAUUAUUAUUUUUAAUUAUUAUUGACUAUUUGAAAUACCUUGAACUUUCUAUCAAAAAUUAAGAAAAAUAUUCAAAAACUUUAUUUAAUUUCAUGGUUUUUGCUGGCUUAUUAAGGACUCAAAAUGCAGAAUGUUGAAGUCUCAAAAUGCAGAAUAUAUCCACCUAAGAUUUAGAAAAAGGUUUCUGACAAAGCAGGAGCUAAUCUUUGGAUUUUAUUUCAAAAGAUAUUUGCUACGUAUUCAGUGUAAUGGAUGCACAGCAGUCACCAAACAUUCCAUUCACAAUUUUUCCACUCAAAUUGAAGAGGGUAAUUGUGUGCUUUGAGGAUAGUUAAUGGUUUUCACACUAUUUAAUGCUAAUAGCAGCUUACCUUUUAGGUUAACUUCUCUAAUGUGUGUCUUUGAAUUUGUUGUAGCCUACCUUCUGUUUUCUGAAUCCAUUAUUGUAGCUGACAUUUGCAAAUAUUGGCAAUGUAGAGCAGCAAAGCUGCACUCAUUUUAGAAUUGUGUUAGAAGUAAUUAAUGCAAAUUACGAGAACAAUUUUAAAUGUAAAUAACCAAGAAAGAUUUGGUUUAUCUUUUUGACAAGACAUCAAUAGAUCUCUGUAAAAAUAGAUUUGAUGUUUAAAUAUACAACUGAAUCAUUUUUAACUUUAUUCUAGCACCACGUACAUCUGUGAUAAUUGUUGUAGUUUCCAAAGCUACUGCUUAAAUUGAGACCCCGUGUUUUUCAAGACUACGCUAUUUCUUGCUGAUCGUUUCCAUUGGAAGAAUCAUAAAGGUAAUAAUCAUUCUUUGUCUUUCAGAUUUUUUUUAGCUUCAGCCCUAAUUCCAUGACAAGGAUCAUGACACAAUUCAGACAAGGCCAUGUUAAUUUUUUUUCUAUUGAUCGCACAUAAGAAUUGUCUAUAACCCUUUAACUGAAUUCGAGUGGUCUGUGCAUUUACGUAUAAUUCUAUUUUGGAGACCAAUCAUGAGAUGCACCAGAUUUUCUCUAUUAGUUUACUUUAGCUAGUUGUUGAUAAUGGAAAAAUUGCACUAGAAUAUACUUACAAACAAACUUAUUUGUCAAAACUUCAAUAUUGCCUAGAUAGCCAACCAGUACUCUAAAACAACUUAUUUUAUAGCUUGGGCUGAUAGUGUCAAAUUUGUCAUAUUAUUUGCAAUAAAACAAACUCAACUCUCAGAUCAAUGAACAGAGAAAUGCAAAGUUAAAAACAGCGAAGAGCCAGCUCAGCUACAUGAAGAACUUUUCAAACCAUGUUCGCCUUAUUCUGUGGUAUGGUAACCAGAAAGUGAAAGACAAAUUACAAAGUGAUGUCCACUAGACAUAAGACACAAGAAGUAAGACAUAAGAGAUUCAUUUCAACCAACAAGAAUUACAAUUUAAGUUAUGAUUAAUAAAAAAUAAAGAAACAAGUACAUUGGACUAGGUUUACCAUAAUCUAUGAUACCAAGUCAUUAAAUUAAUGACAUUGAAAAUUUUAGAAAAGAACCCAAUGGUUGGGAAGGGAUCUCAUAGCAGAGCUAAUUCACAGACCCCUACCCGGACAAUCAGGCCGAUCCAGACAUACCAACUGAGGUUACCAGUUCUUAAAUGUAACUGCUAUAGAAGAAGAAAGGGCUGCUGUCAGAAACGCAGAAGGAUAGUUUGGGGAAAUAGGAUUGUUUGAUAAGAAUCAAAAGCCUUAUUGAAAAUAUGUACGCUUAAGGUUUUUUUUAUUUGUCGCAUUUGUAAAGAGAGGAUUGUUUUUUAAUGCAUUAAGCGCUUUAGUGCCAGUAUAGCGCAGGGAGCUUAGCCCAUAGGUAGUUGUAUUAAAUUUUUGUGUAUGAAGUCCUCUAGCGGAUGAAAGACGAGUUGUCCGAUUGUGCAUAUUUUGAAAAUACAACUCUUUGAAAAAGCCAGUUUUAGCUGCUUGGUAGUCGAUUCAUAUCAAAAUCAUGCAUAAAGAGUAAUUGUUGAAGUUUAAGAAUAUCAUCUAACUUCAAGAUUUUUAAGUCUCUGAAAUGAUGUGAUGUGUGGUCGUUAUAUCCUGAAAAAGGGAUUGUUUGUAUAGCCUGUUUUUGAGUUUACGUUUUUGGUCAAGUUGAUCACCAGUUGCAUUUCUCCAUUAGAUGCAUCCAUAAGAUAGGUGUGAGUUAGAAAGACUGUUGUAAAAAUGCUUUAGAGUUGAACUAGUUACAAAAUGUCUGAUUAUUGUCAGCAAGCCAGUUGAAUUUGUUAUUGAUCAGAAUGCCUAAGUAUUUAAUACGAUUGGACUCAUGUAGAGUUUUGUUAUUCAAGCGGAGAGUGAAGUUGAAGUUCCUGUUUUCGCUCAAAUUGUUCCUAAAGAGAAGAAAUUCCGUCUUCGCAACAUUAAGUGAAAGUCGAUUUGGGCAAAGCCAGUUAUACAGAGAUUCUAGUUCUUUAUUCAUUGACUUUCUAGGAGUUUUGAGACUUUUAUUGGAAAUAAUAAGAUUUGUGUCAUCCGCGAAAUAAUGUACAAGUGAAUUUGGAGUAGCAUAUCUUAAAUCAUUUAAAUAGAUUAGAAAUAAUAGUGGUCCUAGUAUAGAUCCUUGUGGUACACCACACAAUAUGGUCAUUAAACUUGAAUCGAUGCAGUUUACUUGUACAUAUUGUUUUCUGUCAGUUAGGUAAGAUUCAGACCAUUGAUGGGCUGGUCCUCUUACUCCGUAAUGGUAAAGUUUGUCAAGUAAGAUUUUAUGAUUCACACUUUCAAAAGCUUUUUGAAGAUCAAUAAAUACCCUGCAUACAUUUACUUUAUUAUCCAAGGAUCUCAAGGAUUUCACUAGAAUUCAGUAAGGUAGAGUUGUCAGAGUUCAGUAAAGUUUCUUAACUUCCUAACCUAUGCCCAUCGUACCCAUUCAAAUAAUGUUCCUUCUAAUCAGUUACCUUAAUAUCUUUUUCAUAAUGGCGAAACAGGGUACAAAGUUUCUCAGAGUCUCUAAAAAAACCAGUUCUGUGGAGGAUCGCGAGAUUUAUUGUUUCCAAAUUUUCAGACAUACAUAUGUUAUGUACAUAUCAUUUAAAUCGCGUGUUAAGCAAAUGUUUAUAAAACAAACUUCAAUUUUUUGCAGAUAUAUACCUAAUUGAGGAGCCUUGAAAAGUAUAAAGGGGGGGGGGAAAGAAAAACAUUGAGACCUUUUCAGGGCAUCGAAGAAAUCCUACAGCCGCCCUCCCAUUUUUCAUCAAAGAUUUCAUUUGGAUCUUUUGCGACACAACAAAUGUGGAACAGAAAGUUGCAGGAAAAAACGUCUUACAGCUCUGUCAUCAGUACUACCAGUUUCUGAACUAUCACCAUCAAUGAUUACACAACAGUUGUAAUCAGCUCAACAUACAAUGGAUUUGCUUAUUGAACUUGGUUCCGUAGAUGUGUUCCCCAAAUCACCUUCUACCAUACCACCAUCUCUAACUGUACCAUUUCCUCCAGUGAUGGCCACACUAACGUUAUCAUCCCCAAUAUAAUUAUUUCCGUCACCCUUCACUUUUACAUUGCUGUUAUUAACAUGACCCCUAUCUACAUAAGUGUCAGAACCAUAACGCACAUCUUCAUCAUCAUCCAUAUUUACAUCGCCUCAAGUCAAACUAUUUAAAAACAUCAGACAGUGAUCCAGCACUUUGGCCCUCUCUCUAGUAGACAUGAAUGAGCAUGGCAAGGCUGGAUCCCUUGUAUUAGGGCUCCUAAAAAGAAUGCUAUCUGGCCACCAAUGCUGGUUUCAAGCAUUGUGGUUGUGCCUCUCCACUUUUCUCUUUUGAGCUUUGUCAACUGCGCAGGCAACAUCCAUUUUACCAAUUAACUUGUAAGCAGUAUGGUUGGUAAUAUGCUUUUCGAUAUUUGGUGGCAAAUAGCCGUUCUCCAUAAGUUUGAUUCUGGCGAAGUUUACCCAUUUUCCUCCACAACACGUUUCUUGUCUGGAAUAAAGAUAAACAUCUCAUUAUAAAAGUGCCACAUUCUUUCAUGCACUACAAUUAUGCUAGGGGCCUAUGGACUCGCUGUCAGGGUCUUAUAAGCGCCAUAAUAAGCAGACAAACAACAGCCUUUGUUUUUUUGUAAGCCUUGGUUUAUUAGAAAGGUCAUCAAAAUACAUUGGAAAAACACUUGUUUUCAUACAUGGUUCAUUUUGGUAAUUUUUGUUAAACAAACUGCUUCAUAUAAAAAGUCAAAACAAGGAGGACAAUUUGUAAAAAAUGUUUCUUAAUUCUUAAUUCAAAGAGGAAUAAAUCAAUUUUUCUAAGAAAAUAUUUGAAAUAAAAAAAUUUUAAAAAUUGCAAUCAAAUGCAAAUUUCAGAAAUAUAAAAUUAUAUUUAAUUACAGUAGACAAGUGUCCCAUUACAAGAGUAUUAACAUUAUUAUUCGUUUUCACCGUUAUAUCUUGCUUGCCGUUAGCUUGUGUUCUUUUAUACACCUGAUGAUUGUUUACACAUGAAACUCAGAGUUGUGUCACAAUAGUCUGUUUAUUUUAGUCUAUCUAAUCGCUCCGGUAAGUUGAGCACUCUAGACAGCAAUAUGAUAAUUAAUAAAUAUAUAUAUAUAUAUAUAUAUAUAUAUAUAUCUGUAUAAACUUUCGCGCCCCCUGGCCUUAAUAUUAGGUUAGUUGAAACAUAGUGUUAUUUUUAUUUCCAAUCUCUUGGAUUAUUUUCUUCUUUUCACAGCUAUUUAUUAUUUCCACAUAAUAUUAUUUUCUAAUCUUCAUGGUAGGGACAGACACCAUUCACCCUUUCUCGUUUUUGUGCAUUCCUGGGUAUAUAUAUAUCAUAGAUUGAAGAAAGUAAAACUACAUGGUUUAUCUCUACAAGCCUGUUUCUUGAGUAACUCACUCUUCAGGAGAUCACGCUCUAUGUGCUAACGUCUUGAGCACUGUGCUACGGAAGUAUCAAAAGACAAACUUCUUUAUAUAUAUAUAUAUAUAUAUAUAUAUAGAAAUUUGUCUUUUGAUACUUCCGUAGCACAGUGCUCAAUACGUUAGCACGUAGAGCGUGAUAUAUCAUAGAUUGAAGAAAGUGAAACUACAUGGUUUAUCUCUACAAGCCUGUUUCGUGAGUAACUCACUCUUCAGGAGAUGUUGAUAUACUGGAAUAUUCCUCGAAUAAAUAGAUAAUACGGUACAGAAGGUGUUACAUAAUGUGUAAGGUUAUACAAAAGGUAAAUUAGGGGCGGUACAUAGAGGGAUUUAGGUGUUACAUAAUAGUGUUUUGUUUCUAUGGCAGCAAGAAGAUACGAGUUCGUUUCGUUUGUUGAGUGUUGAUAAUUCGGGGUGGCAGAUAAUGAGGGUCUUUUCUUUAAGACAAAGGCUGCAUCUUUUGUUUGAGCUGCUGUAGGAUGGCUUUAUUGAGAGGAUGCGCCAGGAAAUGGAGUGGUCGAUUUUAUUGUCUUUUAGGGUCCAGAUGUAUUUACUGAGUUCUGUGGAAUUUCUGUGUUUUGCGUGACAGAAAGAUGCGGUGUGAUUUCUGUAUCUUGUCUUGAAUUCGUUUUCUGUAAGUCCGAUGUAUGUUUCUGUAGUUUCAUUGUCUCUGCGUGUGACGGUGGCUUGGUAAAUGACUGAUGAUUGUAGGCAGUUCCCGUUGAGUGGACAUGUGUUCGCUUGUCGGCAGUUGCAUGUUUUGUUGACAUUGGUAUUUUCCGGGGUGGUGCUGGUGUCGUGUGACUUUAGGAUGCGUUUGUUGUGACUGUCAAUGGCUUGCUUGAUGUUGUUUAUAUAUAUAUAUAUAUAUAUAGUAAGAUAGAAUAUGGACUAGAAAUGAGACAUGUUCUCUGUUACUUCGAGUUUCGUGCUUGCGCACUCAUCAGACAGACUAUAAUGAAGAAUAUUCCUGUUACCGCGGUAUAAAUAUACAAAAGGUGUGAUAAAGUUAGACAAAAGAAAUUUUUUUAGAUACAGGUUAAUUAGUUAGGUGGAGUUCUAUUGUUCAUGAGAUAAAACUUGUUUUCGUGUCGAAAUUUGUGAACUGGUUGGUCUUUUCAUCCUCACUAAGCUGGGUGCAAAAUACGGAAAAGACAACAUAGGUCUAUACAGAGACGAUACUUGGUAAAUUUUUGGGACUGGUGUAGAAUCAUUCAGGAUUUUCGUGAAACAUUUCUUCUAAAACACAAUUUCUGACUGCUGAAUCCUAUUGGUACUAAGACUUCAUCGCCUUUACUUUUUGGGUUGUGCUUUAAUUGCAGGAUUAAACAAAGUAUGCGCUUUGCUUGUAACGGAAAAUCCAUCUUGUUGGUAACUGGGCAUUGGAAAAAAAGAUACAAGAGCACAGAUACUGGUUUUUGCUUUGUCCUGCUUUCUUUGGUAUAGUCGACCAUUCUUGUCUUUCAAUAAGGGGCCAGUCAUCGUCAGUACGGCUUCUUUUGUCACUACAGUGUAAUCUUCGUUCUGGAUUAUGCAUGAAAUAUCUUCAAAAGUCAAUUUGCCAUUAGCUUCAGCAACUUCUGUGAAGCAACGAAAUUCUAGGGCACCAACCAAACGAUCUGCUUUACACUUUCCACAGAAACACCUGCGCUAAAUACAACAAUAAAAUAUUUGAUGUGUCUGGGUAAUACAGUAAUUUCAGUCCGGAAAGAGCCUAAACUUAGAAGGACAGUUUUAUUUUGAAAAACAAGAAGAGAACUCCUCUGAAACGAAAUAAUUAGGUAUAAAAUAGCAAAAUGUAAUAGCACAUACCAGUCUUUCACAAUCAUUCCUUGUUCCUGCCUGGCAGCCAAAAUGGCGUGAAGAAUCCCAUCUUUAUCUUCUUCAAAAUGAAAUGUUGGUUGCACAGCAAUAGAAAGUCAAUAGAAAGUGGCUCGUCUUGAUAUGGUGUAAAACCUUGCAGCCUCACAACAGCGUAAUCUUCUUCACCAAUAGAACUGCUAGCGUUGCCUCGUCUCAAGCCUGCUGCUUGCUAAUACUUGUUACAUCACGACCAACAAGGAGCCACAUUAAAAAAAACACCUCUGCUAUUAAAUUAUAAAAAACAAGGAAAAAUACCUAAAGCUGAUCAUUUCUGACCAGGAUAGAAUCAAAGUGAUCAGAAAAGACAACAUUUUUAUAAUUUGUAAAAAUGUAAUUUACAAUUUUAUAUUGCAUAAACACUUUAAAUAACAAGAGAACUCACCCCCAUUAAAAGAUAGUCCAUUGUCAACCGUUACUCCAAAUGGUAUACCAUGGACAGCAAAAUUAUUAUCCAACUUGGGAAUAACUACAGAACUCUUGGUUGAGCCAGCAAUUUCAACCUCCGGAUAUUGGCUUUACCUGUCUUCAACAACCAGAAGUAAAUUGCCAGAUGGAAGUGGACUGAAAAAAUCGAUGUUAAUCUUGUGCCAAGCUGCACUUGGUAUUUUUAUCAUGUGAAGGGGUUUAGGAGGGUUGUGCCUCCCAACCACUUGAAAAGGUAGACUUUUAUGAAAGUCUC